AUGACACGAAUAUCCAAGGAACAACCACAAGCACAUGCAAAGAAUCCACCUGAGAAAAGAAAAGGCGAUAUUCUAGAAAAGUUGGAUGAUGAGAUUCUCAACGUCAAUAAGCUACGAGACAGACUAAAGAAACAAACUACCGGCACCGGCACCAGUGACAAGCCAGUGGAAGAAUUUCUACAAGAAGAAGAAGGAGAAAAAGGAGGAGGAGAAGGAGGAGGAGGAGAAAAUGACCCCGCGCAGGCUACUACCGCCGCUGAAGAAAACUGGCAGAUUGCAUCGAAAUACUACAAGGACAUAGAUACAAAGGCAUUUCGACAAUACGAACUAGCAUGCGAUCGAGUCAAGCAAUUCUACGAAGAGCAGCACGAAAAGCAAACGGUGGCGUAUAACAUCCAAGCACGCAUAAACUUCAAGCUGAAGACGAGAGACAAGAUGACCGUGUGGGAAGGAUUGGAAAAGUUGAACAAGUUGCUCGAUGAUAGCGACCCCGAUACCGAGUUAUCGCAGAUUGACCACGCGCUACAGACAGCAGAGGCCAUCCGACGCGAUGGCAAGCCGCGCUGGUUUCAGCUCGUGGGUUUGAUUCACGAUUUGGGUAAGCUCUUGUAUUUUUUCGACUCAAAGGGCCAAUGGGAUGUCGUUGGCGACACGUUCCCUGUUGGGUGCAAGUUUUCCAAAAGGAUCAUCUUCUCGGAUAGCUUCACCAAGAACCCCGAUUUUUUGAACCCAUUGUAUAACAAAAAAUAUGGGAUAUAUCUGAAACAUUGUGGAUUGGACAAGGUCAUGUUGAGCUGGGGGCAUGACGAGUACAUGUACCAUGUGGCGAAACGGAGCUCCACGCUACCGCCGGAAGCACUCGCGAUGAUCCGGUACCAUUCUUUUUACCCGUGGCACCACGAGUUUGCAUACAGUUAUCUCAUGGAUGACCACGAUAAGGAGAUGUUGAAGGCGGUGAAAGUUUUCAACAAUUACGAUCUAUACUCCAAGAUUGACCAGCAAUACGACGUGGAAGAGUUGAAGCCAUACUACAUGGAUCUAAUCGAUGAAUUUUUUCCAGAUAAAAUAAUAGAAUUUUGA